AUUUGGAAGUCUUGGUUGAAAAGGAAGUGGACUCGGCGAUGCCUUUGAACUUUCUUAGAAGCAUAGCGUGUAGUGGGUGUCGAAAGCUCGUCCCCGCGCUUGUUCAUCAAGCGUGCACGUAGCUUCACCGAUCCAUGGGUGGGGGUCCGUCAGAGAGAUCGAGGAAGGAAGGGAAGAGUGCAGAGCACCGUAUACUCUAUUCUCUAUGCCAUGGUCCGUAUGACGAAGCUGUUCAUGAUAAUGCGAUAGUGUUGGUCUCUGCUUAGCACUUGAUAAAAGAUAGCGGUGACUGAACAGAUGCCAGUACUCACCCGCAGCCCGACCUGUCGGUUGACAGUCUCGCGUAUCUCGCCCCGUGUGGAUCGGUGCAUCAUCCACGGCGCACAGUAUUGCGAUCCGCGCUCGCGUUCCUCGAGAAAAGUGAGCGUGAAUCACGAAAAUUCGAAGGGACGGACGAGAGACGCACACGGGAUUGUCGAGAACCGAGAAUCGAGUCGUCGAAAUCAUCCUCUUCCCCACGGGUUUUGGAUUUGCUGGGAGUAGAUCAGCUGCGUGAUCUGUGCGAUGAAAAACUUGUCGGAGCACUGAAGAUGUCGGGUGGAAGCAACGAGUACCGUUUCAACAAUUUAUCCAUUGUCGUUCGAGAAGAUCGUUCCCCGCAGAGUUUCGUAAGAUCGACGAAAGAGGAUCUUUCGAUAGGAUGAUCGCUGCGAUCCAGUAUUACUUCAAGAAGAUCCGCUGCAAAGCUUGAGCUCGUCGAGCGUUGCUCGGCAAGCGACGAAGUCGUUCGAAUCUCGAAUCGAGCCGCUUAAACCUUAAAAAAAAGGAAGAGCAAGGAUGCGGAGCUAUGGCUAGAAUACAACGCGAUGAUUUCCGGACAGUGAGAUUGAACGUGAACGUUAAUCGAUAAGGUAUCCUCGAAGACGAUCAAUCGUUCAGUUGUUUGAGAACUCGUUGAUCAACGUCCCCGGAGACGUCGUCGGUGAGCAGACACUCGAGAACGAUUUGAAUUGAACUUGACAACGAUCGUGAUUGAAAGGGCUGAAUUGGAAGACCAAAGGACAACGUUUCUCGUGUCGAAUAAUGAGAGGCUCUCGGUGGGAUUGUUCGAAAGCUCGGCCCGAAGGCGUGCACCACCAAAGAGAGCGUACCACCACAGCCUCGAAUCAUGCAUGAUGAGCGGUGCGACUAGGCUCGAUCAGGAUUGGAUGAGAAUGGUCGAGUUACGAGGUGGCACCGGAAUGACGAGCGGACUGAGCGGUCGGUCAUCGAGUCGUCUCCAUUACACGAUACUCACGAUUUUGGACACGGUAUUCUCAGCCACUGUGGCCGCACCCGCGGUGGUCGGUUACUGGAGAGGUACCUGGGGUUUGAGCGACGUCUACGUAUAUCCGGAGGAUCCGGUGUUCAGCAGUUUGACCUCGAUAGUGAUCGGUUUUAUAGGGUUGUACGCGUUCAAUGUCUCCCAGAACGUUCUGAACGAGCUUCUACACCCGGACAAACACAGAUUGUCGUACUACGUCGGAUCGAGGUUGUACACGGCCGUUUUCGGGUUUUGCUGCGUAAAUGCGUGGCGUGGCGCGUGGCAGGCCCUCGACCUGUACACGGAACACACGGCGAGCACGGUUUUCGCCACCACCAUUGUCAGUCUUCUCGCAUUGGCGAUCAUGCGUGCCGUGAGGAACAUUUCCGCGCCACCGUUCUCGCUUUGCUUGGAUUCAUGUCCGGGAUACUUCGAAGUGCAGACCAUGUUCCGAGUGAACAACACAAGGGAUUGGUCGUUGUACUUACUGGAUUGUGCCUUCAGCGUUGGAGUGGUCGGUACAUUGGUUGUGUUCGUUUGGAGAGGUGUUUGGAUACUAUUCGAUCUCUAUCUUUUCCCUGACAAUCACGAGUAUUCAGCUAUUGGAUCUCUCGCCAUCGGAUAUGUGAUAGUGACAAUGACGUUUUCUCUGCAACCAUUGAUGCGAUACGCGUGCGCUCGUCUUCAAGGCUUGGCCCGUUUAAUAGUGGCGGAUUGUUUCCUGCUGCUCAGCUUCCUGGGCACGGUGAACGUUUGGCGUGGUAUCUGGAACGUGUUGGAUCUGUGGCUGGUACCGGACAAUCCAGAAAUGUCCUGCUGGAUCACUCAUGUCGGGUGCUUCGUUUUCCUCGUACUUCUCAACUGCAGCAACUCGAUCCUCGUUCGCGGCGUUUACAUCGACGCCGAGGAGGAUGAUGGCAAGUGCGUCGUAUUUCCUUGCCAUUAUCUUCGAUUGUUCUUCAAGAUCGAACGCGAGAAGAAGGAAGCGAGACGACAAAACUUGCUAGUAGCCUCGAAGGAUUUCCGCCCACGACCAGACGGAAAUCCCAAAGACACGGAGAACGGGGCACUUUUACCGAAUAGCACCGCCACGACUAUCCUACCGACGAAUCCCGAAUCUCUCGUCUAACAUCGAAUUUCGAGGAAACAAGAUUCCAACAAUUCCCUCUCUAAAUACUCCUCGCCGAUCGAUCUUCGUGCACCAUCGAAAGACAAGAAAAAAAGAAACACAGUUUCGAGAAGAAUCGGUUUCUUAUAAUUUGUGCUUUUGUGGCCAGUGAUCGUACAGUGAAAUUCGAGAUCGUACGUAGAAACUUCAGGGAAACGAAUACUAUUACGCGGACUUCAUAUUGAAGUCGUCAACGAGUUUGUAAAGUAUCAACGAAUAAAUAGACGGUGGAACGAGCGCGGAAAGUAGCUGUAUAGAACGACAAAUAGAUAGACGCGCAGAUAGAUCGCUUAGGACAACGAUUUUAUUAUAGUAGAUCGAUAAGAAACGAUCGUGAGAUGAAAAUGAAGUCAAGCAAGUUGGACGGGAAUGGCUGUGAAAGAAUGAUGAUUAUGUGUAAAUAAGGAAUCGAGUGGAUGUGUGUAUGUGUGUGUACAUGUGAACAUAAAUGUGUUUUCGAUCAUGCAUGCCUCGAGAGUACAUCCCUAAUCGUUGGACGAGGGGCACUACGAGAAAGAUACCCUCUUCGCCCAUCAAAGUGUAUUUGCGUAGGCGGUGAGUUGUACGCGAUAAAAAAUAGAUACGUACACACACGUAAUAGACACGUGCGUUUACUCAACGAUUCAUUCAGAAUUCAGAAUGAUUCCGCAGCACUCAAUUAAGCGUUUUAACUCGCUCAAGAAUCGUACAUCAUCGUGCGUUUCUCGUAUAAUGCUCCGAUAACGUGACAUCGAUGGACAAUUAAACGGAAGUUUAACCACCGAAUGUUUCAACUAAUUUACGAAACGAUUAAUUAUAAGGACUCGUUAUUAUCCGUAACAAAUAUAUGAGAUAAUAACAUCAAGGUGAAAAGUGUUCGUCAGCAUCGAUUCCAUAGGACUUCUAGUCAUCGUUACACCAUCGAUAUCUGCCUCGAUUCGACCAAAUUUAAAUAUUUCUUGCAACAAUUAACGAUUUAUCGUCAAAAGUGUACACUUGCGAUUCUAGCGUUAGAUGAGACCUUGAUGAUGACAAUGGUAAUAGACUGGACACGAUCAUUAUAAAUGGGUUAUAACCUUCUCUCCUGCAUCCUGUACACCCCGCAGAUUUUGCUCUUGUACAUCAAUUACGACGUCAUGGCGUACUAAUAAUUAAUUAACUGGAAUAAUGACGGGACAAUGGGCGGCUGGCACAUCGAUGGGAAGUAGCUAGUUCGAUGAUAAGCGGUUGCCCUCCUGGCCUACAUUUAACAUUUUCACAAUGGACAAUGUGCCAGCCGUAGUGGCGGAAGUUUUCUUUCGUCCCGCAGAAAACCGGAAUCGAUCGCGGUUAAUCGGGGAAUCAACGAAUCGGCACGUUGUUCUCCCUCGAACGUCUAGUAUUGAUACGUUAAACACACUUUGCCAUUCCAAAAUUGCGCAGCCUGUUUAAAGGCGAUAUUAUAUUUAUACGCGACUUUUAUCACGAAUUAAAAUAAAAAAGAAAAAAAUUGAAUUGAAAUAAACGUUCAUUGAA